UGGUUAUGGCCGCGGCGAGAAUCCUAUGGAUUGCAGGGGUCUUGGCCAUCCUUGGAGUAUCGUUCGUGGGCGCGUUGACGAGGCUAUCGUUAUUAUGGUUUAUUCCCGGUGUUCUCUGUGCGUUGUUCAUCUUCUUAUUGAAACUAAAUCGUAGCUCUGCCCCGCCUGAGUUCCUGUGCGAGGCCUUGCCGGAGGGUGGUUCAAGUUAUCGAACGCCUUGUGCUGUCGGUCUGUGGCGCAUGCAAACAGAAACGCUGGUGGCGGUCGGGGUUAAAUGAACCUCUCCCCCG